AUGCUACGUUCCAUCAAGGAUGGUAUGGAUAAUAUUAUUUUUCCAUUAUGUGAUUUAGCAAAGAUUCAACCCAAGGGUAAAUAUCCACCUUUUAUAAAGAUUCUUGAAGAAUUGAAUGCUGGUAUGAAUAUGGAUACGAUCAAGAGAAUUACAGACACACAAGGAAUUUCUACACCAAGUAACGACAUUGUCAUAUUAUCUGCUAUCAAUAAUAUGAAUGUUCAUGGAUCAUGA